AUGGACCUCACCAUUUCAAAAAGUGUGGCAUCUCCCACAUGGUCAGAGAAUGACAAUAUGGGGAAUCCUAUAGAGUCCACGAAGCAAGAUCCAUUGCUUGCAACCCCGCCCCCCAAUAAGUACACAAAUCUUGAAAAUGGGGAACAUGUGUUGUCAUCCAAGGCGUUUGAAAUAGAGAGACCCCGCAUAGGAAUGAAAUUCAGUGAUGAAAAUGAUGUAUAUGAAUUUUAUAAGGCUUUUGCACUGGUGGAAGGGUUUGGUAUCAGAAAGGGAAGUACUCACACGAAUAAGGAUGGAAAGAGAAUUGAUAGGGAAUAUAAAUGUUCUAAAGAAGGAUUCCGCAUGGUGAAACAAGUGCAACCUAGAAAAAUUGUCCCUGAGACAUGGUGUGGAUGUGAUGCGAAUAUGUGCAUAAGCACAAAUGCCAACAAUGAGUGGGUUGUCACAAAGUUUGUUAAGGAUCACAAUCACUUACUUGUAUCUCCACAUAAAGCUCGACUCAUCCGAUCACACUGA